UUUUCAAGAUGGUGUCCGGGCGUGCGUGAGCGAACGUUGUGUGCGACGGCUAGUGCAAAAUUUCCAGUGGGUUUGGCUCUCAGGAUGACCAGUGCGGACGCUCCAAAUUGCCAUUCGCAUCGCAUCCAUGUCGGACUUGAAACCUCUGUCUAGAUUCGGCUGACCAGCGGAAGGGCCCACUAGCAACCAACAAUGGCCUCGUCCGCGGGGGCGCCGGGCUCUCCCGAAGGUGGCGGUGUGCUGCCCACCCGGCGCCACCCGCUGGCUGGGGGCCGCUUCUCUCUGCGACGCCUGCUCGGUUCCUCAUCAUCCUUUCUCAACCGGCGCAACUUUGGCCGCUCCUGCAACUCCCCCCACGAUGCCGAACAGGCUGUCCGGCCCCCGCAACGGAUGCCACCACAGCAGCAUAGGGACACGCGGAGGAAUAGUGGUGGCAGCGGUGGUGCAGCGUCUCGGAUGGGUGCCGCCGAGCGCCAGGGCAGCUCGGACACCGAGUCCCUGUGGAGCUGCGGUGGCGGCCUGCUCGAGUGCCCGCUCUGCCUGCUCGAGGCACCGGCCGAGGCGUUCCCACGGCUUGCGUCAUGCACGCACCGUGCCUGCGCCGACUGCCUGCGCCAGUACCUGCGUGUGGAGAUAUCCGAGAGCCGGGUGAACAUCGCCUGCCCCGCCUGCUCGGAGCCCAUGCACCCAAGCGAUAUCCGGCGCUUGCUGCAGGACGAGCUCAUGGUGGCCAAGUACGAGAGCUUCAUGCUGCGCCGCGUCCUCGUCACUGAGCCAGAUGCCCGUUGGUGCCCUGCACCAGAUUGCGGCUACGUGGUGAUAGCGAGCGGCUGCGCCAGUUGCCCCAAGCUGCGCUGUGAGCGUCCCGGUUGCAGCACGGCCUUCUGCUACCACUGCAAACAAGAGUGGCACCCCAAUCAGACCUGCGAUGCUGCCAGGGCGCAGCGCGCCUCCAGGCCUGCUGCCCAGGCUGGCUCGACCCUCGGGUUCCCCCACGAUGAGGGCCUGCAGCGGGACGACAUCAAGCACUGUCCCUGCUGCAAGGUGUUCAUCAUCAAGAUGGACGACGGGUCGUGCAACCACAUGACGUGCCGUCUGUGCGGCACCGAGUUCUGCUGGCUGUGCAUGAAGGAGGUGUCGGACCUGCACUACCUGAGCCCCUCGGGCUGCACCUUCUGGGGCAAGAAGCCCUGGAGCCGCAAGAAGAAGAUCCUCUGGCAGCUGGGCAUGCUUGUGGGCGCACCCGUCGGCAUUGCCCUCAUCGCGGGCAUUGCCGUGCCCGCCAUCGUCAUUGGCAUUCCCGUCUGGGUUGGACGAAAGCUGCACUCCAAGUACGACCUGCGCACCACAAGCCGCCUCAAGCGGAAUUUUGUGGUGACAAGCGGCGUGGUGGCCUCGUUCCUCGUGUCUCCGAUCAUCGCCGGCAUCGCUGUCGGCAUCGGCGUCCCCAUCCUGCUGGCCUACAUCUACGGGGUCGUUCCAGUGUCUCUGUGCCGUUCUGGUGGCUGCGGUGUCACCACUUCGGCGUCGGGGGUCCGCAUCGAGUUCGACGAGGAAGGCGAGGGCGCGGGCGGGAUCGGCAGCGGGUCCGUUGGGGUCGCGGCUGAUGGUGCAAGCGUGGACACUGCUGGGGGCAUUGCCCCGGCCAGCAUCGGCGAGGCGGCCUCCCUGGGGAUGUCGGGGGGCAGCCCCAGCCUCGGCUCGCACCUGGACACGGUGGCAGGCGCAUCCAACACGGCGAUUGCUGGCCACUCUCUCACCGGAAGCAUAGCCUCGGCCAGUGCCCACUCCCACCGGCUGGAAGUCCAGGCGGAGGUGUCAUCGAACAAGCGCUUCAGCCUGAGCAGCCACAGCGAGACGGCCUCUGCCACAGUCAGUCUCAGCGAGCGCUCGGCCAACAUGUCCGGCGUUGCGGACGACGCAGCCAGCACCCGAGCCCUUGCAGGUUCCAUCGUUGGAUACAGGGAAGGCACUCUGGCGGCACCCGUGGAAGUGCACGUUGACCCCUCGGAAGAGUCAGACUACUGUCGCCAGUGCCGCAUCACUCACCGGCCCUGCUGCCCCAAUGCCCUGCCCUCCAAUCCGCUGCAACAGUCGCCGCACUGCGAGUGCCUUGACACUGUCAGCGUCACCAAAGUGCAGAUUGAGUGAGAGAGAGAGAGAGAGAGGAGGAGACGGCAGCAGCAUUGCCAGUUUGCCCCCCCAUCGGCGCGUCAUGCUCUGUCAUCGUCGGUGCACCUGGUGAUGGGCAGCGUGUUGGCAGCUCUCGGCCACCAAGCUGCGGCAUCCCGGAGUGCCGUCUUUGAAGCACGAAUUUCGGGACAGGCCAAAAACAACGAAACUGUCAGAUGGCUCCGGCUUCUUGUGCAUGAUCACUGCCCCGCUGCAGCAUGGUGAGCGGGGCUGUUGGAAUGCGCAUUUCCGUGUGUCACUUGUGUAACAUUAGCCAUACAGCAGCACGCGACUGUGGUUGAUGUGUGGAACACUUUCCACGCUGGUCGGUCUGUGCACGGUGUGUCAUGGAACGCAGUCUGGACAUGCCUACCUGACCCAUUAGUUACUGGCCAAAGCUCGUUUGCCAUGGUGCAUAGCGCUAUGGAUUGUGGAAGCUGCCGCAUUCCUCUUGAUGUCAAGAAGAGCAAGUCAUCAUCGUAGGCCCAGAGUCCAGCUCGAGCACAGCUUGCAGGAUACUGUGUGUCACUCAACCUCUGCAGCCACAUUUACUCUGGCUGUCUGUCUGAAGAACACCCUGUACCGCUUGAGAACAAAAGUGGAAUUCCGUACGUUUAGAGUUUACCAGAUGAAGAGUGGCUGUUUGGAAUUCUGCGGCAACGAAAGUGGCAAAGCUAGUACACAGAGCAUUUUCUUUUGUUGUCAUUGUGCUUAUGUGUGGGAAGUUGACAUGGUCUGCCAUAGGUUCACAGCCUUUCUGACUUUAAUCAGGCAUGUCAUUGCCUGGAGGGCACGAGGCUGGCAGUUCUGUCGCAGUGGUUCUGCUCUAGUUGUGCAGUGUGGAAGCCUGAAAAAAAAAAAAAGCAUGUAUUGCCAGAUAAGCGAAGGCUGUCACUGCUAAGCAGACAAGGAUUACAAGGACAAGCAGACAAUGCUAGGAUUAUGGCUCACAUGGCAAGGGCUCAAACGUCGUGGUGCACGCCAACUGACCGACUUUAAGUGCACAGCAGGCAACAUGUUGAAUUGGUGCUAAUGGAGCAUUCAACCCUGCAAGCUUGAGCAAAGAGAGGAAGUACACGGGAGGAAAGGAGUUGUGUGUAAAGCGCUGAUGCUGCCAGUGUUGUAUAACAACUGGCGACUGCUUGCUUGCAUACUUGAAGCUGCGCCAUCUGUUGUGCCAGUUUUAAAUGCACUCCUGGAUGACUUUGCAUCCAUUGGUGGUUUGUCAAAGAGAAAUGUGCCAAGUGGGCCAGCUGACAAGACUGUCCAAUGCACCAGACAGUCGGCGGUGGCUCCGGCAAUUCAGAGUUUAGUUCAGUUAACAUCUGGUGCUGUUCACAGUGUCGGAAUGAACCGGGAGGCUUCUAGCGCGCCGACUACGGCAGACGACUUUGUCCGACAGUUGCAGGCACGUUUCAGCCGUGUCUUUUGCGACAGUGCGUAGGCAGUCCUUCCAAACAAGUGAGGUCGCUGCCUGUCAACUCGCUUGGUCAUCACAUCUCCCAUAGUACGAGCAAGACUGGAGAAAAAAAAAAAAAGUUUUUGCCGUUCGAGGUUAUAGUCAUGAAUGUGUUCCGGACGUAGUGUCAUCACCCGACAUAGAAAUUUGUUGGAAACUCUACAGAUGUAUAUUCAAGUGUAUUGACAUGAGGCAUGGUGUGUGCGUUACAGUGGCUGCUACUGUUGCUGGCCGCUGUAUGUGUGUGCCGUGUGUCUUUUGCCAUAGUAAGAGUGGUUCUUGUGCGUUGCCUCUUCUUGCAAAGUUUGCAUUACUUUUUUUCCUAGGCUGAGAAAAAGAAAACUGUUCCAGUGAGGAAACAUGCCGGUUGUUUUGUACAGUGUAUAAAAAAUUUGUUGGUUGUUUGGUGCUUCCAGUGUUCAAUUAUGGCAGCCAAACUGACUGUGCUGCAGCCGAUUUUGUUUGUUUUUGCAAUAAGCGCGCGUUGAUACUCUGCCGAUGCUUGUCUUUAUCGAUUCUUGCACUGCGUAGUACUUUAUCUCCUCUAGUACAUUUCUUUCUUUCACUCUCUUGAGUGAUAAGUGUCUCUUGCUGUCUUUCUCUGGCCACCUUUAGCGACCAACUUGCUUGAUGUCAUAUCUUGUCUCCUCUCUUCCAUUGGUUCCCAGUUCCUUACAUAAUUUAAAAUUCCUCUUCCAGUGAAAGAGAGCUUGGGCUGUGGCCUAUCUGUAGGUAACCAGUCUUGAGUGGUGUCUAGUUGUGUGCUCAAGUGCUCAACGCGUCACGUUUUGCCACCACUGCAUUCUCAAGGGUGCGGCUGUGAGGUGAGCCCACAGCCUACACCAACAUUUGCCAACUGUCAUGUUACUAUAGUCCCAACGGCAAAACUAGGCUCGCUAUCCAAGUUGCAUUGUGUGUUGCAAAUGCCAAUUUCACGUUUGGCUGUUGUGGAUUCACCAGUUCUUUCUGCCAGUUUGACGGCUCGGAUAUUUGCUUUAGAUGUACAUCAUCUUACUUGGGUCAUUCAGUAAUUUGUUGCGCAGCCCUCUCUGCCGUAAAGUGCCAUAAGUUUUGAGUUUUUAACCUCGCAACUUGUCAGAUAACAUUCAGGGAGCUUGGCAAACUGUACGAGAUUACUCCUCUGCUGUGUUGUAUCUUGGUACGCUGGCAGUGCAAGUGUCAAUUGGAAGCCUCCUGGUUACUUUUGUUCCCCAUCAGCAUUGACUGAUAAUUGUUCCAUAAAAGGGUAACUGUGUGGAAAUUUUUUGUCCCAUACAAGCGCAUUAGGUACAGAGGUGAGCAACUUUGUCUAGAAUGUGCCACUCAGGCUCUGUGCAACAAGGCGGCGCCGUCUGACGUUAGCCACUGGGUUCGAGAUAGGUGCCCACUGUGCAUGCUCGGCAAAAAGAGCCGGGUGCCUGCUCAUCGCUUCCUUGUUCCAGUUCUCACCUUGUGUGUUCGCUUCCCACUGCAGUGGCCAUGCUGCAGGUUUAUGUGGCAUUAAUAUGACAUUGCCACGGCGGCCAGUGCAGCGCCGUACCACCAUGUUUUACACAUGUAACCAGGCUUUUUGCAUGCGCACCACGCUCACCGGCCGUGUUGUCUGUUCGCCCGUCUUUGCACUGCUUGUUAGCAAGGAUGGAUGGCACAUUUUGUAUCUGUACAGGACGGCGAGCUUGCCAGCUCUGCAAAAACGCGGGGUCACCCACCACCACUUGCGCAUGCUUGCCCGACCGCCAUGGCAAUGUCAUAUCAAUGUCACAAAGACAUGCAGCGCGGCCGUGGCAGCGGGAAGCAAAUGCACAAGGUGGGAGCUGGCACAAGGAAGCGAUGAGCAGGCUCUUUUUGAUGUGCAUACACAUUGGGCACCUAUCUCGAACCCAGUGGCUAACGCUGGCGGCGCUGCCUUGCUGCACAGAGCCCCGGCGGCACGUUCUAGACAAGGCUGCUCACCUCUGUACUUGCUGCAAGCCUGCACUUUUCACAAAACUUUUCCUGCAUCUACAACUGGUGAUCUGUUCCAAUUUGCUUCUUUUUUUUCCUGGGCAUUGAAUCAUUGUUUAAAUGCUUUCAUUUUUGGCCAAGCUCGGUCACUUUUGCACACUCUGGUGGCGUCGCUGUACUAUCGUGUUAAUGUCACCAAAUAUCUUGUCAUGCAUGUUGUUCUCUGCGAGUGUUUCACGUUGCAGCCAGAUGAAAGGUAUACAUUUGGGCCGUUCGCACAUGGGAAGCUGUGUGCAGGCCGAACACUUUCGCAAAAGCCUGUUCAGUGCCCUUGCUUUACAGCUCCACGGUCGCAGUUACGCCAUAGUGCGUGCGGUGGCUGUGGGGCUUGCAGUAUCACGAAAAAUUAGUGUCAUUGGUUAAGACUGUACGGCUUGGACGGCAUUAGCCCAAGGUAGGCAGAUGGCUCUGUGGCUUAUUGGUAGUUUCCUGGAAGUCUGAGCACAAGGCCCUGCUUGUUGUACUAUCAGAAUGAAAUACAGUAUUAGGUGACGUGGGUUCCAUGAUAAAAGUUCAUACCUGCAGCUAGUAGAAUGGUGCAGCAUGGUUUUGGUUGCACCUGCGCUAGGCUUCAAUUCUAAAUUCAAAAAGCUGCACGCCUCGACUGCAGAAAACUCUGCCUUCACACAGACUGUACACCUUGUAAACUUUGGCACCUAGGAUACAUUUUGUCGAAGAGUUCUUGGGCCAUUGCAGGCAUUACCAGUAAUGACGCUGGGUCCUGCAGUGUGAUUCACUUAGUAUCUUCAAUGCCCCAGAAACAUUUUGGUGCAAGAACUCUUUCACGACUUUGAAGUGAAUAGAGAUGUGCAGGAGUUGCACUGGUUAGCAGCAGCUGUGGUUAGGCUUGCAUUUGCCUCGGAACUCUUGGUCUAAACAAUAUGUUUGCUCUCUUCUUGUGAACAAAUUGGAACCAAGAAAUUUCCAGCAGAAAAUAAAAAAUAAAAAAGAACUGAAGGAACUAAAUGAUGAAUGUUGUUUCGGGCAUAAGUAUUGUCCAUGUUUGUUUGUCUUUCAUUCGUACCAUAUGGCCCUGGGCGAGACCUUCCGAGUUGGGGUGGUGACUGGUGCGUGCUCGUGGCUGUGGACUUUGCCCGAAAGCGCCUGUGUGUCAUACUCUUACGUGGAGAGACAGUGAACUGCCCUGGCUGGGAAGCUGUGCCCCGAGGAGGCUGCCGUUGUGCCCUCCUCCAUAUGAAGGGUGUACGAAUAUCUGUUGUAUAACCUAAUGUUUGUAUUCUUGUACAGCCGUGGCUUGUAUGGAACAUGCAAAGGGAAGACAACUGCCAAUCUACUGUGGCGCCCCCCUUUCGCCCGUCUACUGUGGCAGGAGAGGGCUGGGGUGGGAAGGUCACAUUGAUGUACAAAGCUGGUUACCCGCAGGCUCUGUGGUGCGCGUGCGUGUACACUGUGCGUGUGUGUGUAUUUAUAAUUGAAAUUAAACGAAUAAAAUUGCUAUUUCCACGGACAAA